GUCUCUAUAUUUUUUUGAGUGUGGAAUUACAUUUUUUAAAGAGAAAAAUACAGUAAAUUUUUGCCUCUGGUGUUCAAGUAAAGUUUGCAUCUCUAUACUUACCUUUAGGUCUUAGUGAUUUCUAAAGGGUUUUUUUGUGUGUGUUUAUGUAUUUAUUUAAUGCAGUAUUCUGAUACAUGUUUGACCUCCAGAAGGUUACCCCAUUUUAUUUGGCUUGGCAAAGAUGAAUUUUGGGAGUUUGUCUACACUUCAGUUGAUGCCACUGUUUCCCCAGUAGUUUUGUGUUAGUCCCAUGAGGCUGAGUUGCAUUGAGUAGUUCACCUGAGUGUCAUCCAGGGUAAAGCUAUGAGGAAAAUGUGAGUUUUAUCUCACCAUUAUUCCAUCUUGCCUGAAUGAGAAAGUUCAUGACUUACAGAGACAAAAUUCUUUGUCCUGAACAUGAGUGUUGCAAAGCUAUAUGGUAGAUUAGAAAUCCUAACAGCAGGAAAAUGCUGCAUUAGGUAAAGUAAAUGGCUCAAAGUAGUUGUCAGAAUAAGACUACCCUGGCAGAAGAAUCAAAUUCUCUGUAAAAGAACUUCUGAAGUAUUUGGGCUACAGCUUAGUUACACCUUCAUUUACUAGUUUUGUAUGAAAAUAAACAGGGAAAGAAGGAUCUGGUGUUGAAAGAGAGGAAUGUGUGAAUAUUCAACAGUGUUGGACUUGUGUAUCUGUUGGGAGAAAGGAAAAAUCCAAAUAUUCACAGUGCUCAGCAGGAAGCAGGGAAGAGGAGAUUUUCUUCCUCUUAGAGGUGUGCUGUGAAAACAGCGAUGCAGCCUGGCAGGCCAAGUCCUGUUGCAUUCAAGGAACAAAAAACAACAGCCGACAAUGGCUCAGAAGCUGCAGGGGAGCCGGUGUAGUAAAGAAGGAAAAAGAUUAGGGCCGAAUUUUGCACAGUAAAUUGUGAUGCUGUCCCUUUUUAAAUACAGUCAUUACGGCCGAAGGAAGCAGAGAGAAAAAGCUGAUGCUGGAACAAUGUGGUAGUUAAAUCUAAGGGAAAUGGGGAGAAGGGGAGGACUCCUGCUCAUCUGCAGCAGCCCUGCACACAGAGUACCUGAUUUAGGCCUAGCGACCGUGCGUUGGAGGCCUUGGGAAGGCAGAUAGCUCCGCCAGCGUGUUCUGUCAGUGUGACGUACUUGGGAGUGUGUACAGCCUGCAUGCUAAACGCCACUGCCUGCCUUUGACUUCGCUUCUCACAGUUCUAAGAAUGUAAUGAAAUCCCUUCUCACUCACGCUUUUAUUUUGGGAUGGAGGGGGAGAGAAAGGAGCUUUCAAUAUUCUGGUAUGUUCAGAGUUUGGAACAAGCAUGUUUUACCUAAUUCUGUUUACUGCCUUUUUGCUUAGGCUCUAUGUGAAACACGUUGAUACUUUUCCCUUGCUCUAUCAUAAUUUAUCAGUACACAAAACUAGAAACUCAUGGAAACCUUAUUGAUCCUUAUCGAAUUAAUCUCUACACAGGGAAUACAGUACUUAUUGUUGGAGAGUCUUAAGCUGGUCUUUUUUCCUUUUAUUUUUCUUUAUUUGCUGGUCUCUGUGCUCAGGAGAUCAGGAAUGCCAAAAUGACAACAUGAUUUAAUGAAAUAAUAGCUAGAGAAAUUGAAAUAAGUUUGACUAAAAAGCGAAUCAAAUGCACAUAUAGAAUGAGAACGGUUUUUACUAAAUGCAAGCAGGCUGUACUUAGAACAGAUGUUGUAGUCAAAAGGAGAGGAAAAUGUGAUACCUGUCUGGUAGCAGCAGAGGGUCCCAGCCACCUUUUCAGAGUUCAGAGCACCCGACAGAAUCAACAGAAGUCUGAGACUGUUUUACAUAGAACUUUGUGAAAUUAAAUUGCCAGUAUUCGUUCUGGAAAAAAAAAAGACUUUUAGCAGGUGAGAAGCAUUACCUUUUUCAUCUUGUUCAUAAAAUCUGAAGACAGAUUAAGAAACAAACGAUUGUUCUUUUGAUACUUUUUUCAUGUGAACAUCUGUUCACUAACAAAUCAUUUUCAUAUUAUCUUUUGACAAUAAUUUUGAAGCCUAACAUACUAGGGAAGUGAUCUGUAGUGUUGUAAAGGCAAGGAUUUAUGUAUGGUUUUUCAUUUUGAGCCAUGUCACUUCCUGUUAAAAUGGAAGCUCUACAUAAGAUGAAACAAACUCCUAUAUUCUUUAUAAGUAUUUUUCAGUAUCAUGAAGUACAGAAUACACAAAUGCAUAUUAUCACCUAAUUUUCAAGUUUAUGCUAUUGUACUUUAUAUACAUUAAAUAGUUUCUUUUUAAUGCAUAUGAUGAAAUAAUUAAAUUGAAGAGUCCAAUUUAUUGUAAGAAAUGUGAUAGAUUAAGUGUGGGCCAAUACCUGUUGCACUGUACUGACAUGAAAGUUGACCAUAGCAAAGUCAGCAUAGGUUGGCUUCAUCUUAGUAUUUAAAGAAUGCCUGUGCCAUAAUGAGGCUGCACAGAAAAUAACAGUGAUUUCUAUUCUGCCCGAGUAACAAGCAGAACAAAAAGAAAUCAAGACUGCCAAACUCAGAUGCCUCUUUAUCCCUAGGUAUUCUGUAGGUCUUCCAGUUUGAAAAUGAAAGGGAUGUUCAAACGUGACUCUGUCACUGAAAAUGUAACUCAUAAGCCAAAUUUCUGACCACGUGGGGAAAAUGAAAGGUCACUUCUUGAUGAUUGUUUUAAUUAAAAAGAAUCAGCAAAGUGUUCAGUGCUGUACCCAGGAUAGCCAACUGGAACUCGAUGACUGCUGAAGGAAGGAAGGAAGGUCUCCCUUCUGCUGCCAGCACAAUGUUUCUGCUGCUUAAAUUUGUGCAGGAUGUUCCCCUGACCACUCUGUGAAUCACUUCAACUUUUUGUGGAAUGUGACACCCCCUUGCCCACCAUUCCUCCCAGAAUAAGUGGGGACUCACAGCUGGCAGAGAACAUGAAGGAGAGUGCCUUGGUCAGCUAGAUUAGCUGACUGUGGGAGUGUUAUUUAGCCUGCAGGCUAAAUAAGAAGAAAGAAACCGAAGCAAGAACUAUAAACUUUGAGCAGAACCAGGUUUCACUUAGGUCUCUUGAUAUAGUGGUAGUCUGAACUUUCCUUGUGAAUGCUUGGCAAAUUGUCCUUUUAAUUUCGUGGUAAGAGUUUUACUGAAAGUACAGCAUCUGAUUUUGAAAGAACUUUAUAAAUACAGCACUAUAAAAAUUACCUGUUAUUUUAAGGUACCCUGCCAUAUAAUCACUAAUCACAAUACACCUGCAUUUUUAAAUGUUUGCAUGUUAUUACAUAUGUACCUGGCUUCUGUCUGAUAUUUGUGGAACAGUAACACCAGUAGAAGCUUGUAGCUUAUCUCCCUAAAUCUGUCACUGAAAAUCUCACUGCUGCUCCUUGUGAUUCUCAGCCAGUGAUAUUUUAAACAGAAAGCCCUUGUGAUUGCAGGGCUUGUCUUUUUUUCUUCAUUGCAAAUGCUUGUUAAAUUUCUUUGUUCAACAAAUUAUCACAUUUUGCUUUUUAAUUUCUUAAUUUUAAAAUGAAUUGUGGAAUUGUGUCUGUUUCCUGUCUGUUACAUACAAGUUGCCCUUCAUCAAAAUGCAUUUAAUACGGAUUUAUUCACUUAAGGAACAGUCCCUUUAAGUAGUUUUCACUGUACUUCGUAAGCAUGGAAAUGCUGUAUAGGUAAUAUUUAUAAGGUAGAAAGAAAUUCAGCAUCUCUUAAUUGGAGCCCUGCUGUUCUGAAAUCUCUUGGGAAAAAAAGUCCAGACUCUUGGGAUUCUGUAUAAAUGUAAUAUGAAGUCUUCUGUAAUGCAGAAUGAUCUUCUAGAAUAUGUGCGCUAACUUUAAAUAAAUUAGUUAAUACCUUCAUGUUGGAUAGUCCUUUAAAAAUAUAUAAUCUUUCAGCUUAAUUCUCUCAGUUGUUUAGUCAUAAUAUUUUGUUUAUCGUUAAAAUGCUAGAUGUAAGAAGACUUUAAUUGAUCUGCAGUUACUCUGUGCUAACACGAAACUGAGCUUGCCUUUACUUGCUUGUGUUUUGUUCUUGCACUUUCACUGUUUCCUCUCUAAAUUGUGGAAGAAUGCUUUGAGUCAUAUAUACCUCAUUUCUCCUGCUUUCCCUCAGAGAGCAGAAUCUCUUCCUUCCAUCUCAACUGAGGGGAUGUGGGUGUCGUUUUUCGAAUUUUAUUCCUCAUGUUUUGUGUUUUCUCUUUUAACUUUUUUUUUUUCCCUUCACUUGUUUGGCAUUUCCCCCUGCUGGCUGACUGCGGUAACAGCGCCUCUUUCCUCGUGGAAAUGGAAGGCCAAGGCUGUCCUUGAGUGUCACGUCUGUGUCGUUGAGGUGUUGGCUGCACUUCUGACGUUUUUUAGUGUCCUCUGAACGUCUCUGGCAGAUAGAUAAAAUUCAAAGAAUAGUCUGUUCAAGCGGGAGGUGCACACACCUGAGAUUCUCUCCAUCAGAAGUGCAGUUGCACUUCCAGUGAUACUCAGAGGAGGGGGUAGAGAGCUGAAAGGGAUAACUUACUCAAAACUGAACUGGUGUUAAAGAGGAAACCAGAAACUAAAGGCACUGGAAUCAGCAAAGACACUUCUAGAGAAAGUGGAGAAGGUAGAGAAUGGAGCUGCAGACUCUACAGGAGGCUCUGAAAGUGGAAAUUCAGGUUCACCAGAAAUUGGUUGCCCAAAUGAAGCAGGAUCCACAGAUAUUUUUUCUUUCUAAUCAGAAUGCUGAUUUGAAGAAACAACUUCAUGAACUUCAAGCCAAAAUCACAGCUCUGAGUGAGAAACAGAAAAGAGUGGUGGAACAGCUUCGAAAGAAUUUGAUAGUGAAGCAGGAACAGCCAGACAGUAAAUUUCAAAUACAGCCAUUGGCACAGUCAGAAAACAAACUACAGACACCACAGCCACAACCACUACAACAGCUACAGCAACAUCACCAUCAACAGCAGCAACAGUCCACGGCACCCUCUCCAAACGUGAUAGGAUCACAGAAAACUGUAACUACAGCUUCUAUGAUCACCACUAAGACACUACCUCUCGUCUUGAAAGCAGCAACUGCGACCAUGCCUGCCUCUGUUGUGGGUCAGAGACCUACCAUUGCCAUGGUUACUGCUAUCAACAACAAUCAGAAAGCAGUCCUCAGCACUGAUGCGCAGAAUGCACCAGUCAACCUCCAGACAACAAAUAAGGUCACUGGGCCAGGAGCUGAGGCAGUCCAAAUAGUGACAAAAAACACAGUAACUUUGCAGGUUCAGGCUACGCCUCAGCCCAUAAAAGUGCCGCAGUUCAUCCCUCCUCCCAGACUUACUCCUCGUCCAAACUUUCUUCCACAGGUUCGACCUAAACCAGUUGCCCAAAAUAACAUUCCUAUUGCCCCUGCACCUCCUCCAAUGCUUGCAGCUCCUCAGCUUAUUCAGAGGCCUGUGAUGUUGACAACAAAGUUCACACCCACCUCUUUACCCAACUCUCAGAACUCCAUACAUCCAGUUCGUGUAGUUAAUGGGCAGACAGCAACCAUAGCCAAAACUUUCCCUAUGGCACAGCUCACCAGCAUCGUGAUAGCAGCACCGGGUACCAGGCUUGCUGGACCUCAGACUGUACAGAUCAGCAAACCAAACAUUGAAAAACAGGUACAGACUAUUAAACCACAUGUGGAAACAGAAGAGAAGCAAACAGAAAGUCGUACAGUUACUCCACCUGCUGCACCGAAGCCAAAACGAGAAGAAAAUCCACAGAAACUUGCCUUCAUGGUGUCUCUGGGACUAGUUACUCAUGACCACCUGGAAGAAAUCCAAAGUAAGCGACAAGAGAGGAAAAGAAGAACAACAGCAAAUCCAGUGUACAGUGGAGCCGUUUUUGAGCCUGAGCGCAAGAAGAGUACAGUGACGUACCUGAACAGCACAAUGCAUCCUGGGACACGUAAAAGAGGUCGUCCACCUAAAUACAACACGGUGUUGGGGUUUGGGGCUUUGACCCCCACGUCCCCUCUGUCCAGUUAUCCUGACUCCCCUGAAAAUGAAAAGACAGAGACCACAUUUACUUUUCCCGCAGCUGUUCAGCCCGUGUCCCUGCCUAGCCCCAGCUCCACAGACGGUGAUAUCCAUGAGGAUUUUUGCAGCGUUUGCAGAAAAAGCGGGCAGUUGCUGAUGUGUGACACAUGUUCACGUGUUUAUCACCUGGAUUGUCUGGACCCGCCUCUGAAAACCAUUCCUAAGGGCAUGUGGAUCUGUCCCAAAUGUCAAGACCAGAUGCUAAAGAAGGAAGAAGCAAUCCCAUGGCCAGGAACUUUAGCAAUUGUUCAUUCAUAUAUUGCAUAUAAAGCAGCAAAAGAAGAGGAAAAACAGAAACUACUUAAAUGGAGUUCAGAUUUAAAACAGGAAAGAGAACAACUAGAGCAGAAGGUCAAACAGCUCAGCAAUUCUAUAACAAAAUGCAUGGAAAUGAAGAAUACCAUCCUUGCAAAACAGAAGGAGAUGCACAGCUCCUUGGAGAAGGUAAAACAGCUGAUCCGCCUCAUCCAAGGCAUCGACCUUUCAAAACCCAUAAACUCUGAGGUCAAUUCAGUAGCCAUCUCCAACGGCAUGGACUCCACUAACAAUACUAAUGCUGCCACCUCCACCUUAGCCCCCUCCCCUUCCCAGAGCUGCAUGGUGAACUGUAACAAGGGCGAUGAGACUAAAUAACACAGUGAAGUUAAGAAGGAGCCAAGGGAGGUGGCGGCGAGGAGAAAGAGCAAAAUAAAGAAACUCUAGAAAAGCAAAACUGGAUUUCUUCUGGAAAGUGCAGAAUUCUUUAGUUCUUUGGUUCCAGAGAGAGCGUGAAGAUGCUUGUGCCAGGCGGCACCGGAGUUUGCCAAUUGAUCCUUCUUAUUCUGUGUGUUUGGAUCAUGUUACAUGAAUAGUGCCAGCUGGGGGUUCUUUGCCAGCACCAUGCCAAGUGAAAUAAUAUAUUUACUCUCUCUAUAUUUUACACCAGUGUGUGCCUGCAGCAGCCUCCACAGCCACUAUAGGUUUGUUUUAUUUUUGUUUGGGGUGAGGAGCAGGGAUAAGGGAGGAGAGCAGGUUUCAAGUUCCUAUUUGCAGAACAGUUUGUUUAGCUAGGGGAAAACAAAAACAAGUCCAAAGAGCCUAUGGGCUUUUCCUGUUUCUAAACUCUCAGUACUAUUAAACCAAAAAACCAGAAAUAUAAAUUAUCAAAUCCCAGUGCCCAGAAGGGACAAGUCUAUCAAAUAAGCAGUAUUUACUAUUGUUUAGACAGGAGAUGUACAAAAGGAAAGGAGAUGGACUUUUCACUGAGUAACCAGCACACAGAAUCAUAGAAUAUGCUGAGUGUUUUGAAGGGACCCAUCAGGAUCACAGAGUCCAACUCCUGACCCUACACAGGACACCCCAAGAAUCACACCAUGUGCCUGAGAGCCUGUGGGUCCUCACACUCAUCCAGAAAGCCUGUUUUGGGAAUGGUAAAAUAGAGGGCCAGAAUCCAGGGUCAGCUUGGAGCAUUGGAUGGAGGUGUCCCAAGAGAAAAUGUGCAUCAAUUACUUGAAAAUGAGAUUCCAUCCCUUUUCUGUAUUUAUAAACAACAAAGGUAUCCUGAACAAAGUAGCACAUAACCCAGAUGUGUGAACUCAACAGAGAAAUGUCCUUUUCUUUCACUUCCUUUCUCUUCUUUUGGUAACAAGAACUAAAUAAGGAAUAGAAAAGCUGUUUUUCAGGCUGACAGUCUAAUUAAAGAGGUAGAUGGGACCUUGCAUGGUAUAGAUUAGAAGUAAUAGUGUCAGUGAGAUACAGUGAGUCUUUGUGAGUCCUUGUGUCAUCGUUUUGGGCACUGUUUUUUUAUGCAAGGGCAAAAUCUUUGUAUCUGGGGGAAAAAAACAACUUUUUUAAAUUAAAAAGGAAAAUAAAAGAUAUUGAGGUCUUCCUAGUGUUACUUAAAAUAAGAUCAAGGUAAGAAACAUUGUAAAAAAAAAAAUUACAAAAGUGCUAUUUGUUUCCUAAACAAGUGAUUUCUAUUAAAAAGGUGUCAGAACUGGAGAAAA